AUGAAGAGGCGUGAGGAGAUGGCCAAGGACAAGAUGGCGGAGGCGCAAAAGGCUAUCCGAGAAAGAAACGCCUUGCUUUUGCAGAAGGCGGCGCUUGCCAAAAAGGUGGAUGAGCUAAAGGAGAAGAUGGCGCCUUUUGAGCAGGCGUUUGAGGAGACCUUGGAGAAGAUCAACUUCGAUACGAGUGGUGUGCCUUCUUCAGUUAGUGCUACUGCCUAUGCCAUUGCAGUUGCCUCGCCGGUGAAGGAGACUGUCAUCACUACUUCAGAGCCUACCACCGCAAAUAGGCCACCUGCCAAGGCCUAA